ACCCUCUCACGGAAGGUGUCAUGGCGUCCGGAGCUGCGACCCGAGCGGCCACCGGUGCAGCUAAAGCUGUCAAACCGUUUCUGAGCCGCGACCUGGACGAGGCGAAGCGGCGGGUCCGGGAGCUUUACCGGGCCUGGUACCGGGAGGUGCCCAGCUCAGUUGCACUUUUCCAGCUGGACAUCACAACACGUCAGGGAAGAGACAAAGUGCGAGAGAUGUUCGACAAGAACAAGCACGUCACUGACCCGCGUGUGAUUGACCUGUUGGUCAUUAAGGGUAAAAUGGAACUGGAGGAAACCAUCAAGAUCUGGAAGCAGAAGACCCACGUAAUGCGCUAUUUCCAUGAGACGGAGGAGCCUCGUCCCACUGACUUCCUGUCCAAAUUCUACCGGGGUCAUGACUCUUGAACUGUGUCGCUGCUGAUCUCUGACCCCUGCUCCUUGUCUCCAGUGUAACAGAUGUUCCCCUGUACUGUAAAUACACACUUAACUCUCA